ACCUUGUCAAACGGGCUCCUUUGCGUUUGAAAACUAAAGGCGAAGAAAAAUAAACAUCUCCUUGCAGCCAUUCUCGCAACGCGCACAAAUCGGUUCCUCGAUGCCAUAAUAAAAGCAAUAAACCAUGAACAUACCGCUAAAGGUUGUGGUGCGCCUGUGGUCCGAUCCGUCGAAGGACAGCAACAAACCAUGCACCAGCAAGGAUGAUAAUAACCCGCAGCGAGAUGAAAGUGACCCAGAAACACACCUCACCAGUGCCGGCGGACGAACGUUUCGCUUUUCGCACGUCUCACGCACACCGCCCGUCCGGAAUCAGGAGCUGUACUUCGAGUCCGUCGCCGGGCUGAUGGAGUCCGUGCUGGAGGGGUACGACUUUUCGAUCGUCACGUACGGAGCGAAGGGCACGGGCAAAACUUUCACCCUGUACGGUGCCACGACCGGCGGCUCACCGUCAUCACCACCGCCGGAGGAAGAGUGUGGCAUUGUGCUGUGUUUUGUGAGGGACCUGUUCUGCCGCCUGAAUGCGCACCCGGAGCGCAUGUUUUCGAUCAGUAUUGCGUGGAGCGAAAUUACGGCCGGCGGUGACGUGAUCGACGUGCUGGAAAAUGCGGCCAUGGUGCAGUGCUUCUCGGUGGAGGACACGUACGCCCUGCUCGGGUUGGGCCUUCACCGACGGAAUGGGGAAAAUCACAGUAUUCUUAGUCUGGUGCUGGAGCAGCAGUGGACAUCGGUCGGGGGGCUCAAUCAGCACCGCCAAUCUACGAUAAGCUUUUGCGAUUUGCGCGGUUCUGAGCGGGAAGGGCCCGACCUCCGCCCGCUCGACAACGGGCUGCACAAGCUGGAGGAUAUCGUCGUGCGGCGAAGCAACCAGUACAACGAGUCCGUACUGACCGCCUUCCUGAAGGAUUCGUUCGGGGGCCGGGCACAAACCUUGCUGCUGCUGUGUGUGGCUGCCUCGACGCUCGAAACGGAGGGUACGGCGCGCGAUCUCGAGUUCGGUGAACGGGCGGAAGAGAUCGUCAACCACGUGGUGAUGAACACGUUCUCCGACAACAACGUGCCGAUUGUGGACCAGCCCGAGCACGAUCCGCUCGCCGGUCCGAACACCAACCUCGACGGGCUGUACUUUGCGUCCCAGCAGUGGGCGAAGCUGCUGAAAAACGCCGAAUGUCUGUUCACGAAGUUGUUCAGUACGGGCGAGCUAAACCAAACGGAGCGCAGCCAGAUCGAGGAGUGGCUGUACCUGAAGGCAGAGUGUGACGAUUGUUUCAGCUCGACCGAGGUCAGCAUUCCGACGGGGACGCCCCACCCAGCGCGCGCCUGUCUCGGCCCAAUCGAGGAGAUCGAUGAGGUGGAAGACGGCACGACGACGGUGCACGGGAGCGGGAAGGAAGCGUUUCCUUCCGACAACGAGAGCGAUUCCGACAUCUGCACGCAUCUGACGGACGUGAGCGAUCGCAUCCAGAGCUACAUGAAAACGUUCCAGGAGAAAACGAACACGCUGAUCAUGGAGAAGUAUGAGGAAUUUUUCAAAACACACCCCACGGGACCCGCGAUGGGCGGUGGUGGCGGUGGUAGUGGUGGUGCGCUGGAGGAUGGGCAGGAGCAGAAGCUGCAAACGGUGCCCACCCGCACCGAGGAGAGCAAGUUCCACAACCCGGCGCGAAGGAAAUCGAUCUUCGACAGCGAAACGGUUACCAGCAGCACCGAGCUGACGCUGAUGUUGCCGCUGAAAGGCGAAAGCACCCUCCCGGCUGCGCCGACCGCGCUGGACAAGCGGCUCGACACGCUCGGCAGCAAUCUGCGCAUCUGCCAGACGGGGAUCGAGUCGCUGCACGCGCAGAUCGAGGAGAUCCGGCGCACGAUCGCGCUGAAGCAGAAGUACAUCGCCGAUCUGAUCGAGAACAGCGAGACGCGCUCGGUCGCCAAGUCGCGGUUCAGCAAGAAAAAGCACAAGCUCGAGGCGGAGUACGAGAAGGCGAAGAAGCAGCUGCGCAAGGCGGUCGUGCACGGGGCGAACAAGGAGGACAUCAAUCGGCUGAAAAGCCAAACAUCACAGCUCGAGCAGCGGCUGAAGGACCUCGAGUCGAUCGGGUUCAUUGCGGGCGAGUCGGGCCACAAGAAGAAGAAGCUGCAGCAAUCGAUCAAGGACUCGCAGAAGCAGCUGGACGUGCUGCAGCGCCUGCUGAAGAAGGAGCUCGACCGGAAGGAGUCGCUCGAGAAGGAGCUGGAGGUGGCGCAGCGGGAAGCGAAGGCGGUGCGGCAGGGCGGCAGCGCGGGGCCACUGCAGGAGCUGACGGAAAGCAGGAGCAAAAUACGCAACAUGAACGAGCGCAUCUCGCACAUCGAGCACGUGCUGAAGGAAAAGUCGAGCAGUUUGAAAAAGUACGUGAACAAGAAGAGCGCCGAGAAGGAGUCGCUGCGGUGCGAGAUACGCAAUCUGCGCCGGACGCGGGACCAUCUGGUGGAGCAGCGGUGCCAGCUCGAUCGGAAGCUGCGCGAGGACAAGAUGCCGUCGUUCGACGAGGAGCGCAAGCUGGUCGAGUGCGACGAAGCGAUCGAGGCGAUCGAUGCGGCGAUCGAGAUGAAGAACGAGCUGAUCUGCGGGCGGAAGAGCAUCGAUACGGACGAGAGCCUGCAGCGGGAGAAGGGCGAGCAGAUGCUGAUGGCGCGGCUGAACAAGCUGUCGCUGGACGAGAUGCGCACGCUGCUGUACAAGUACUUCCAGAAGGUGGUGGAUCUGAAGGAGGCGAGCCGCAAGCUGGAGCUGCAGUUCAUUGCGCUGGAGCGCGAACGGGACGCGUGGGAGUGGCAGGAGAAGAUACUGACCAACACGAUCCGGCAGACGCGGCUCGAGAAGGAGCGGUCCAUUGUGGCGCUGCAGAAGCAGCACGAGACGAAGCUCAAUCUUAUGCUGCGCCACUUUGCGGCGGACACGUCCGCCUCGAUCACGAGCACUAUACCGGACAAUGCGCUGCAGCAGCACCCGCCGCCGUACCAUGCGGAGUUUGUGCUGGGGUCCGGGGCGGCCCGCUACCAUCAUCGCGUGCAGUACGAAUCGGACGAUGGUGAAACAACGACCAGCGCCGAGCCAUCGCUGCUCGCUGCCGGCCACAGCUCGAAACAGUUGGCCCACUACAAACCGGGGGCACUGGCAGCAGCGGCACACAGCUCCAACACGGCAGCGCUCGCUCAUCGGGGUGGUGGUGUCGUGCAGCAGGUACAGCAACCGCCGCUCGCAGCGCUCGGCGAGAAGGAACACCGGCCCAAGAGCAAGCUGUUCUCGAAGCUGCAGGUGCUGUCGCGUUACCAUGGCAGCGAUAAGCGCAAAAUCUUCCAGUCCGACAUACCGCAGCAGAAUCUCAAGCAGCUGCAGGGCGCCUCCCGGCCCUCGCUGACGAAGGUGACGCGCGAGAAGAACAAAAUCAUCAUCCAGAGCGAUGGGGGUAGCAAGUAGGAAGAGGAACGACAAUCUCAAGAGCUCUCUGUUUUUUUGUUUUUUUGCAUAUACAUGUACAAGAAGUUUAACGCAACAUGCUUGCGAAUCAAACCGCAACAAAAGUUCGCUCAGUUUUCGGUGUUAGUUUCGUAGCGUGAAAUGUUUGUUGAAUCGAGCCGUUUUCCAUGUAGUCAUCCUGUAAAUCGUAUGUGUGCGUGUUUAUGUAAGAUCGGGGUGGAGAAAAAAAACCUCCCGAAACUGUUACGAGUAGACGCUAGAUUACUGGAAAGUCUUCACCGUCCCAAGAUUUCUUCCUGCAUGCGUACAAGACAAAACACACACACAAAGAUGCAUUUAUCAAUGUAUUAAAUUGUUUCUGUGGUUAAUAAAGUGUCACACGAAAAAGCGUAAAA